UAUCUCUCCAUACACAGGAUUACACAGUAGUGAAGAAGUCCUCUAGUGGGCGCUGUCGGGCCCCUGUGUGUGAAGGAUGGGGAAGAACCCUGAGCCCAAUACCGGGGCCCCCACCUCACUCCCUGAUAUAUGAGGAAAUGGAUGAACAGAAGAUUCUAGAACUCAUCAAAAACAUGAUGGAGCUGCUGACCGGAGAGGUUCCUAUAAGGUGUCAGGACGUGGCGGUCUAUUUCUCCAUGGAGGAGUGGGAGUAUGUAGAAGGACACAAGGAUCAGUACAAGGAUCAGGUCAUGAUGGAGGAUCAGCAGCUCCUCACUUCACCAGUCAGAUCCAGUAAGAGAACAGCACCCGAGAGGUGUCCCCGUCCUCUUCUUCCACAGGAUGAUCAGGGAGAAGAUCUGAACAACAUUAAUGCUCCAGAGGCAGAUGUGAGUGGUGAUGAGCAGUAUAAGGAGAACAUUCCUACAGGAAAAGAUCUGAUCUAUAUUAAUGCUGCAGACAUAAAGGAAGAAGAGACAGAUGUGAGCGGUGAUGAGCAGUAUAAGGAGGAUAUUCCUACAGGGAAAGAGCUGAUCUAUAUUAAUACUACAGACAUAAAGGAAGAAGAAGAGACAGAUGUAAGCGGCCAUGAGCAGUAUAACGAGGACAUUCCAACAGGAAAAGAUCUGAACAAUAUUAAUGCUACAGUCAUAAAGGAAGAAGAAGAAGAAGAGACAGAUGUGAGCGGUGAUGAGCAGUAUAAGGAGGACAUUCCUACAGGUAACCGCCCAGAUUCUUGUAGCAGGAGAUCAGAGGAGAAUCUUAUAUCUUCAGAUUAUAAAGCAGAUGAUGAUAUCACACAAGAUACAUAUGAAGAACAUUCCAUUAUCCCAGAUACACCCUCAGCCCUUCACAGCCAAGAUCUGUCAUCUCAUCCUUAUAUACAGGUCCUGUCUUCUCACUCAUCACAGGAUGUUCAGCAAAAUAAAAGUCACAGAAGGGGUGUUGGAAAUCAACGAGCUCAUACAGGAAAAAAAACAUAUUCAUGCUCAGAAUGUGGGAAAUAUUUUACACAGAAAUCAAAUCUUAUUCAGCAUCAAAGAACUCACACAGGAGAGAAGCCAUUUUCAUGUUCAGAAUGUGGGAAAUGUUUUACUCAGCAGCCAAGUCUUAUUAGACAUCAAAGAACUCACACAGGGGAGAAGCCAUUUUCAUGUUCAGAAUGUGCAAACUGUUAUACUUAUAAAUCAGAUCUUGCUGUACAUCAAAGAACUCACACAGAAGAGAAGCCAUUUUCAUGCUCAGAAUGUGGAAAAUGCUUUACUAAGAAAACAAAUCUUGUUCAACAUCAAAAAACUCACACAGGGGAGAAGCCAUUUUCAUGUUCAGAAUGUGGAAAAUGCUUUAUUAGGAAAUCAUAUCUUGUUAAACAUCAGAGAGCUCACACUGGGGAGAAGCCAUUUUUAUGUUCAGAAUGUGGGAAAUGUUUCUCUCACAAAUCAAAUCUUCUUCAACAUCAUCAAAGAAGUCACACAGAGGAGAAGCCAUUUUCAUGUGCAGAGUGUGGGAAAUGUUUUACUCAGAAAUCAAACCUUGUUGUACAUCAAAGAACUCACAUAGGAGAGAAGCCAUUUUCAUGCUCAGAAUGUGGAAAAUGUUUUGCUGAUAAAUCAAAUCUUAUCAGACAUCGAAGAAUUCACACAGGGAAUAAGCCAAUUUAGAUCAAUAUAUAUCAACAAGAAAUUAAGUAUUGUUUAUCAUCAAAAAACACACAAAAGAGAAGGCAUUUUCAUGUUCAGAAUGUGGAAAAUGUUAUACUAUGAAAUCAAGGCUUAUUCAUCAUCAAAAAAACACACAGGGAAGAAGCCAUUUACAGUUUCUGAAUGUGGAAAAUGUUUUACUGGGAAAUCAAGUUUUGUUUAUCAUCUCUCUCACACCGUAGAGAAGCCAUUUUCAUGCUCGGAAUGCGGGAAAUGUUUUACUGAGAAAGCAACACUUAAAAGUCAUAAGAACAGCAAAUGUACCUGAAGGAAUUGGUUAAAUUCCUUAACAUGUCCGACAACGGUUAUCUGCAGCCAACGGCUGUCCGGGCAUGUCCUGGCAUGCUGGGAGUUAAAGUUAUACAACAUCUGGAGGGCCACCAGUUUGAGACCCCUGAUAUACUGCAUCU